CGGCCCGCGGCUGGUGGGUUGCGGGGCCGGAGAAGAGACGGGUCCCCGGGCGCCGCCGCCGCUGCAGCCGCCGCCAUGGGGGCCGCGCUGAGGGGGGCCCUGCGGCCGUGCGCCCGCGCUGCCGUCCCCGGGCCGCGCGCCUACCACGGGGACCGGGUGUCCACGCUGGGCACGCGGCCGGACCCGGGCUCCGCCGUCUACCAGGAGAACUACGAGCAGAUGAGAGCCCUGGUCGGUCAGCUGCACGAGCGAGCGCAGAGGAUCAGGCUCGGAGGAGGGGAGAAAGCCCGAGCGCGCCACAGAUCGAGAGGAAAGCUGUUGCCCAGAGAACGAGUCGACGGGCUCCUCGACCCAGGGUCUCCCUUUCUGGAGCUCUCCCAGUUUGCAGGGUACCAGCUGUAUGGUGAUGAGGAGGUCCCGGCAGGCGGCAUCAUCACGGGCAUCGGCAGAGUGUCGGGAGUGGAAUGCAUGAUUGUUGCCAAUGACCCCACUGUCAAAGGAGGUACCUACUACCCGGUGACCGUGAAGAAGCACCUGCGGGCACAAGAAAUCGCGCUGCAGAACAGGCUGCCCUGCAUCUACCUGGUCGACUCAGGAGGGGCAAACCUGCCUCGGCAAGCAGACGUGUUUCCAGACCGGGAUCACUUCGGCCGCAUAUUCUAUAACCAGGCGAUUAUGUCUUCUAAAAAUAUUGCACAGAUAGCGGUGGUCAUGGGCUCCUGUACGGCAGGAGGUGCUUACGUGCCUGCAAUGGCUGACGAAAACAUCAUUGUCCGCAAGCAGGGUACCAUUUUCUUGGGAGGACCCCCCUUGGUGAAAGCAGCGACCGGAGAAGAGGUGUCAGCCGAGGACCUGGGGGGCGCCGACCUCCACUGCAGACAGUCCGGAGUCACUGACCACUACGCUCUGGAUGAUAACCACGCCCUGCACUUGACCAGGAAGAUUGUGAGAAAUCUAAAUUAUCAGAAGAAAUUGGAUGUGACCGUCGAGCCUUCUGAAGACCCUCUGUUUCCUGCUGAUGAAUUGUAUGGAAUAGUUGGCGCCAACCUCAAGAGGAGCUUUGACGUCCGAGAGGUCAUUGCUAGAAUCGUGGAUGGAAGCAGAUUCAGUGAGUUCAAAGCCUUGUACGGAGACACGUUAGUUACAGGAUUUGCUAGAAUAUUUGGAUACCCAAUAGGUAUCAUUGGAAAUAACGGAGUUCUCUUUUCUGAAUCUGCGAAAAAGGGGGCUCACUUUGUCCAGUUAUGCUGCCAAAGGAAAAUUCCUCUGCUCUUCCUUCAAAACAUUACUGGAUUUAUGGUUGGAAGAGACUAUGAAGCUGAAGGAAUUGCCAAGGAUGGCGCCAAGAUGGUGUCUGCUGUGGCCUGUGCCAAUGUGCCUAAGAUGACCAUCAUCAUUGGGGGAUCCUACGGGGCUGGAAACUAUGGGAUGUGUGGCAGAGCAUAUAGCCCGAGGUUCCUCUACCUGUGGCCGAAUGCCCGAGUCUCAGUGAUGGGAGGAGAGCAGGCGGCCAACGUGCUGGCGACAGUAGCGAAGGACCAGAGAGCGCGAGAAGGGAAACAGUUCUCCAGUGCUGAGGAAGCAGCUUUGAAAGCGCCCAUCAUGGCGAGGUUCGAAGAGGAAGGAAACCCUUACUAUUCCAGUGCCAGGCUGUGGGAUGAUGGGAUCAUUGAUCCGGUGGACACCAGGCUGGUCCUGGGGCUCAGUAUCAGCGCAGCCCUCAACGCGCCCAUCCCAAAGACCGACUUUGGCGUCUUGAGGAUGUAACUGGAGUAGGAAGCGCCUUCUGUUGGACGUGUACCAAAAAUUAAUGCAUUAGUAGCCUUAAAAUUUUAGACUUUUUCAACAUGUAGCUGAUACAGUAAAAUUGUUUUCUUAACACAGUACAUUGUACUUUUCUACCUUAAAAAAAAUCAGUGGAGAUAUUUAUUUGAUGAACUUCAAUUCCUUGUAAAUUUUGUUAGAGAAAUUUUUCUGUGGCUUAGCUUUACCACCGUAAAGUGAAGAGAAUCACUUAGUUACCUUUGUAACGCACACGUAGCAUGAAAAGUUCUAUAACCUGUAAGUUCAAGUGUUAUUGAGAUGAUUGACGUAAAGGUAUAUUUCCUCUGAAAUGAUUGCUUUGCUAAUGAUGCACAGUGAUAUUUUAGCACACUUAUUGUUUAAGAGCUUCUCUUGCUUUUCCCUCCAGCCACGUCCUCCUCCCUCGCAUGGUAUCAGGCUUCCUGGGGUCUGCACUGGGCCCUGUUUCCUGCCCGUUCCCUCCUUGCCCGGCAGCCUCUCCAGGGUUGACCUCCCUGAUGCUGAGACCAGCGUGCUCUUUCCCGACUUUAUCUGACUUAAUUCUCCGCAGCACUUGGGCCAGCGGGAUCCUCCUCCUGGACAUACAUCCCUGCUGCCAGGCCCUCGCGCCCCAGGCUCCUGCCAGCCUCCUCGGCCACUCUGUUCAGCUCUGUCUGCGGGUCCCUCCCGGCCCACUCCACCAUCUGCCCUGGUUUUUCUCUAGUAGUACAUGAACACACUCUCAUUCUAAAAGAUACAAAUAACACAAAAUUGCCUCUUCAUUCUUUCUUUAAAUUGUGGUAAAAUAUAUGUAACAUAAAAUUUACCAUCCUGACCACUUUUAAGUGUGUAGUUCUGUGGCUUCACGCACAUUUACAUUGCUGUGCGGCAUCACCACCGUCCACCUCAGAACUUUUCCCAGAGGGAACUGUGUCCCCAUCACACACUAACUCCCCAUGCACCUCCCGCAGCCCCUGGCAUGUCUCCACAUUCUUUUAUUGUUGUUGUUGUUGAGGAAGACUGGCCCUGAGCUAACAUCUGUACCAGUCUUCCUCUACUCUGCAUGUGGGACGCCUCCACGGUGUGGCUUGAUGAGCGGUGUGUAGGUCCACGCCUGGGAUCUGAACCCGUGACCCCAGGUUGCUGAAGUGGAGCAUGUGAAUUUAACCGCUACGCCACCAGGUGGGCCCUCCGCAAUCCUAAAAGCAUGUGUUUCUCAUGACUUGAUUGAUCUUGCUGGGCCCUUCAGCCCGUCCUACAGCUUCAGUUGGCGUCUACAUGCAGAGGUUUCCUGCGUGGACAGUUCCUGACACAGUCCCCCCGACUCCAGACCUGCAUCCCUGACAGGCCUGCUGGCUGCCGGAACACACGGUCUUACAAGAGCCGCAGGUUCAGCCGUCUGGGCCUGUCGAUUGUGCCUCCCGAUGGCCUCUGCGCCUCCCCGGGUACUCCUGUCUUUCCCUGCCGCAGGCCUUAGACGUGGUCUGCCUGCAUCCGUCUCACCUCGCCCAGUCUCUCGGUCCCUCGGACUUAGGAUGGCCAUUCUGAAGCGCCCAUCUGAUCACUUCCUCUCUCCCCGAAAUCUUCACUGGGUCCCUGUGAAGGGCCAGACCUCUGAUGCCCUCCACGACCCUGAUCGUCACUCCUGAGUCUCGUCUCCUUGAGGUCUCCCUCACACAGGGUGCCCCUGCCUUCCCAGACCUGCUCCUGGAACCCAUGGCGUCCUUCCCACCCGAGGGCCUGCCAGGUUGCCCCUGCCUGAGCUGCUCUCCUCUCCCUUUUUAGACAGUUACCCUUCCGCCUCUGUGGCCUCCCGGGGCAGGUUAGACACCUGCCGUGUGCUCUUGUGAAGCACUGUCCAGUUCCUCUGUUGUGUGUGUUGACAAGAAAUACAAACAUCUUGACUCACCCUCCUGCUAGGAUGUCAGCUCAGUGACAGCAGGGUCCUUCUGCUGAGCCUGCAUCUCUGGUGCCUGGCACUUGUAGGUCAGAUGUUUGUUGAAUGAAUGAAAAAAUCCAUAUUUGAUAUCCUCAGGCCACAUCAUUUUAAAAUUAAGUGAUUGAUUAUAUGAUCUAAUACAACUAUUAAAUGUUUUCCUAAUAAAAUUCGUACUUUAAACA